AAAAUGGGGAUCUCCAUAGUCAUCCUUGAAGUAUUUCUUUUACUGGAUCCAGUUCUAUCUACAGCUGCAUGGACUCAGUCCACACUUCAGACAGACACCACCUGGUUCACCGCCACCGCAGCUUCGAACACAGAAUUUGGGACUGAAUCAGGUUUGUCCCUGAGACUGGUGAACGGAGGUGACCGUUGUCAGGGUCGUCUGGAAGUCCUGUACCGAGGCUCCUGGGGUACCGUGUGUGACGAUGACUGGGACACCAAUGAUGCCAAUGUGGUCUGUAGGCAGCUGGGCUGUGGCUGGGCCAUGUCAGCCCCCGGAAGUGCCCGGUUUGGUCAAGGCUCAGGGCCAAUUGUCCUAGACAAUGUGCGCUGCUCCGGGCACGAGACCUAUCUGUGGAGCUGCCCUCACAAUGGCUGGAACUCACACAACUGUGGCCAUGGAGAAGAUGCCGGUGUCAUCUGCUCAGCUGCUCGGCCUCAGUCCACAAUCCAGCCAGACACCACCUGGUUCACCGCCACCACAGCUUCGAAAACACAAUUUGGGACUGACUCAGGAUUGGCCCUGAGGCUGGUGAACGGAGGUGACCGUUGUCAGGGCCGCGUGGAGAUCCUGUACCGAGGCUCCUGGGGCACUGUGUGUGAUGAUGACUGGGACACCAAUGAUGCCAAUGUGGUCUGUAGGCAGCUUGAGUGUGGCUGGGCCAUGUCAGCCCCCGGAAGUGCCCGGUUUGGUCAAGGCUCAGGGCCAAUUGUCCUAGACAACGUGCGCUGCUCUGGGCAUGAGUCCUACCUGUGGAGCUGCCCUCACAAUGGCUGGAACUCACACAACUGUGGCCAUGGAGAAGAUGCUGGUGUCAUCUGCUCAGCUGCUUGGCCUCAGUCCACAAUCCAGCCAGACACCACCUGGUUCACGACCACCACAGCUUCAACCACAGAUUUCGGGACUGAUUCAGGAUUGGCCCUGAGGCUGGUGAACGGAGGUGACCGUUGUCAGGGUCGCGUGGAGAUCCUGUACCGAGGCUCCUGGGGCACUGUGUGUGAUGACGACUGGGACACCAAUGAUGCCAAUGUGGUCUGUAGGCAGCUUGAGUGUGGCUGGGCCAUGUCAGCCCCCGGAAGUGCCCGGUUUGGUCAAGGCUCAGGGCCAAUUGUCCUAGACAACGUGCGCUGCUCUGGGCAUGAGUCCUACCUGUGGAGCUGCCCUCACAAUGGCUGGAACUCACACAACUGUGGCCAUGGAGAAGAUGCUGGUGUCAUCUGCUCAGCUGCUCGGCCUCAGUCCACAAUCCAGCCAGACACCACCUGGUUCACCAACACCGCAGCUUUAACCACAGAUUUUGGGACUGAUUCCGGUUUGGCCCUGAGGCUGGUGAAUGGAGGUGACCGUUGUCAGGGCCGCGUGGAGGUCCUGUACCGAGGCUCUUGGGGCACCGUGUGUGACGACAGCUGGGACACGAAUGACGCCAAUGUGGUGUGCAGGCAGCUGGGCUGCGGCUGGGCCAGGUCGGCCCCCGGAAGUGCCCGGUUUGGUCAAGGCUCAGGGCCGAUUGUGCUGGACGACGUGCGCUGCUCCGGGCACGAGUCCUACCUGUGGAGCUGCCCUCACAACGGCUGGAACUCGCACAACUGUGGCCAUGGAGAAGAUGCUGGUGUCGUCUGCUCAGGAGUACAAAGCACUAAUACUACCCCAGAUUGGUGGCACUCAUCACAGACAGCCACUGCUGCCACUUGGCCUCAGUCCACACCUCGCCAGCCAGACACUGCCUGGUUCACCACCACCGCAGCUUCAACCACAGAUUUCGGGACUGAUUCCGGUUUGGCCCUGAGGCUGGUGAACGGAGGUGACCGUUGUCAGGGCCGUGUGGAGGUCCUGUACCGAGGCUCUUGGGGCACCGUGUGUGACGACAGCUGGGACACGAAUGACGCCAACGUGGUGUGCAGGCAGCUGGGCUGCGGCUGGGCCAGGUCGGCCCCCGGAAGUGCCCGGUUUGGUCAAGGCUCAGGGCCGAUUGUGCUGGACGACGUGCACUGCUCCGGGCACGAGUCCUACCUGUGGAGCUGCCCUCACAAAGGCUGGAACUCGCACAACUGUGGCCAUGGAGAAGAUGCUGGUGUCGUCUGCUCAGGAGUACAAAGCACUACUGCUACCCCAGAUUGGUGGCACUCAUCACCGACAGCCACUGCUGCCACUUGGCCUCAGUCCACACCUCGCCAGCCAGACACUGCCUGGUUCACCACCACCGCAGCUUCAACCACAGAUUUCGGGACUGAUUCCGGUUUGGCCCUGAGGCUGGUGAACGGAGGUGACCGUUGUCAGGGCCGUGUGGAGGUCCUGUACCGAGGCUCUUGGGGCACCGUGUGUGACGACAGCUGGGACACCAAUGACGCCAACGUGGUGUGCAGGCAGCUGGGCUGCGGCUGGGCCAGGUCGGCCCCCGGAAGUGCCCGGUUUGGUCAAGGCUCAGGGCCGAUUGUGCUGGACGACGUGCGCUGCUCCGGGCACGAGUCCUACCUGUGGAGCUGCCCUCACAACGGCUGGAACUCGCACAACUGUGGCCAUGGAGAAGAUGCUGGUGUCGUCUGCUCAGGAGUACAAAGCACUAAUACUACCCCAGAUUGGUGGCACUCAUCACCCACAACUGCUGCCACUUGGCCUCAGUCCACACCUCGCCAGCCAGACACUGCCUGGUUCACCACCACCGCAGCUUCAACCACAGAUUUCGGGACUGAUUCCGGUUUGGCCCUGAGGCUGGUGAACGGAGGUGACCGUUGUCAGGGCCGUGUGGAGGUCCUGUACCGAGGCUCUUGGGGCACCGUGUGUGACGACAGCUGGGACACGAAUGACGCCAACGUGGUGUGCAGGCAGCUGGGCUGCGGCUGGGCCAGGUCGGCCCCCGGAAGUGCCCGGUUUGGUCAAGGCUCAGGGCCGAUUGUGCUGGACGACGUGCACUGCUCCGGGCACGAGUCCUACCUGUGGAGCUGCCCUCACAAAGGCUGGAACUCGCACAACUGUGGCCAUGGAGAAGAUGCUGGUGUCGUCUGCUCAGGAGUACAAAGCACUACUGCUACCCCAGAUUGGUGGCACUCAUCACCGACAGCCACUGCUGCCACUUGGCCUCAGUCCACACCUCGCCAGCCAGACACUGCCUGGUUCACCACCACCGCAGCUUCAACCACAGAUUUCGGGACUGAUUCCGGUUUGGCCCUGAGGCUGGUGAACGGAGGUGACCGUUGUCAGGGCCGCGUGGAGGUCCUGUACCGAGGCUCUUGGGGCACCGUGUGUGACGACAGCUGGGACACCAAUGACGCCAACGUGGUGUGCAGGCAGCUGGGCUGCGGCUGGGCCAGGUCGGCCCCCGGAAGUGCCCGGUUUGGUCAAGGCUCAGGGCCGAUUGUGCUGGACGACGUGCGCUGCUCCGGGCACGAGUCCUACCUGUGGAGCUGCCCUCACAAAGGCUGGAACUCGCACAACUGUGGCCAUGGAGAAGAUGCUGGUGUCGUCUGCUCAGGAGUACAAAGCACUAAUACUACCCCAGAUUGGUGGCACUCAUCACCCACAACUGCUGCCACUUGGCCUCAGUCCACACCUCGCCAGCCAGACACUGCCUGGUUCACCACCACCGCAGCUUCAACCACAGAUUUCGGGACUGAUUCCGGUUUGGCCCUGAGGCUGGUGAACGGAGGUGACCGUUGUCAGGGCCGCGUGGAGGUCCUGUACCGAGGCUCUUGGGGCACCGUGUGUGACGACAGCUGGGACACGAAUGACGCCAACGUGGUGUGCAGGCAGCUGGGCUGCGGCUGGGCCAGGUCGGCCCCCGGAAGUGCCCGGUUUGGUCAAGGCUCAGGGCCGAUUGUGCUGGACGACGUGCGCUGCUCCGGGCACGAGUCCUACCUGUGGAGCUGCCCUCACAACGGCUGGAACUCGCACAACUGUGGCCAUAGAGAAGAUGCUGGUGUCGUCUGCUCAGGAGUACAAAGCACUACUACUACCCCAGAUUGGUGGCACUCAUCACCCACAACUGCUGGAAGCCCGCCAAUAAUGCACGCAAAUUAUUCCUGCGGAGGCUUCCUGACCCAGCCAUCUGGGAACUUUUCCAGCCCGUUCUAUCCGGGGAACUACCCAAACAAUGCCAAUUGUCUGUGGGACAUUGAAGUCCAGAACAACUACCGUGUCACCGUUAUCUUCAGAGAUGUCCAGCUUGAAGGGAGCUGCAGUUAUGACUAUAUUGAGGUGUUCGACGGCCCCUCCCACAGUUCCCCUCUGAUCGCCCGGGUUUGUAACGGAUCCGUGCGUCCCCUCACUUCUUCAUCGAACUUCAUGUCCAUCCGCUUUGUCAGCGAUGGCAGCAUCACGAUGAGGGGCUUCCAGGCCGACUACUACUCCAGCCCUUCUGAAGAGAACACCAAGUUGCUUUGUCUGCCAAACCACAUGCAAGCCAGCGUGAGGAGGAGCUACCUCCAGUCCCUGGGCUAUUCUGCCACGGACCUCGUCAUUUCCCCCCGGAAUGAAAGCUCCCAGUGUCAGCCCCUGAUAACGGCCAGCCAGGUGUCGUUCACAAUUCCAUAUUCCGGCUGCGGCACCACCGAGCAGGUAGAUAAUGAUACCAUCACCUAUUCCAACUUCCUCAAAGCAGCUGCUCAAAGUGCCAUCAUCAAGAGGAAGAAGGAUCUCCACAUUCACAUCAGCUGCAAAAUGCUCCAGAACACCUGGGUUGACACCAUGUACAUUGCUAAUGACACCGUCGACGUCAAUGAAGUGCAGUAUGGCAACUUUGAAGUGAACAUUUCCUUCUAUGCAUCAUCUUCAUUUUUAUACCCGGUGACCAGCAGCCCCUACUACGUGGACCUGAACCAGAACUUGUACCUUCAGGCCGAGAUCAUCAAUUCUGAUACCUCCCUGUCCUUGUUUGUGGAUACCUGUGUGGCGUCGCCGUAUUCCAAUGACUUUACAUCUUUGACUUAUGAUCUAAUCCGAAGUGGGUGCGUCAAGGACCGCACCUACCGCUCCUACCCCCAGCCCUCGCCUCGCAUCGCCCGCUUCCAGUUCAGCUCCUUCUUCUUCCUGAGGCGCUUCCCCUCCGUGUACCUGCACUGCAAGAUGGUGGUGUGCAGGGCCGACGACUACUCCUCCCGCUGCCGCAGGGGCUGCAUCGUCAGGGCCAAGAGGGACGUGGGCUCCCACCAGGAGGUGGACGUCGUCCUGGGACCCAUCCUGAAGCGGGACCCGCGCACUGAGAAGAGGGACCUGGCGACGAGCCUGCCCUCCCGCCCUUAGGCCCCAGAGCGGCAGGGACCCGGGAUGUUUCUGUGGGCGUCGCGUCCCCCCUCCGAUUGGACACCCCUCACGUGCCAGGCCUGCUGGGGCGACAUGGAGCCCGCUGGAUCGCUCCCUGCCUUCUUCCGGGGGUUCUGGUCUCUGGGGGACCACGUGUGGUGCUUGGCCAAGAGAGUUCUGAUCUGCGACACGGACACACUUGCCACCUUUGUCCUCUGGCUCCCGAACUCCCCGCACCUCACGCUCCUUUUCUGUGGACAAAGACGUGACUAUCUACCGGUUAGGACUGUUGGGGGGGUGCAAUAAAAUAACGUCAGUUAAACUGCC